AUGGAGCAAGAGACGAUCUGGAUCGUUGUUGGCGUCGUUUUAGGCACUUUGGUUUUGACUGCUACCGUCGUUGUCGUUUUCUUCUGUUGGAAGCGAUCUCAGAGAAGGGUUCGGGGUUUCUCGCUGCGAGCAGUCACACCUCUGGACGAUGCAGAAUUUGAGUCAUGGCGCCGGCCCAGCCAACUCACCCAGCCUACAGAGAAGUAUGGCAUUCGAGCUGCGCCAUCGGCCGUUGUGCGUGACCGCACUGAUUCCACCAUGUUCGAGAAGGAGCUCGAUCUUUAUGAUCAACCUCGAACUCCUUCACCCGUCGACCUCGUCUCCCCAAUGAGGUCACCAUCCAGUUCCAUAAGGAAACCAGGACGCGUUCGAAGGAAGUCCAGCGUCGCAUCAUCCAUCGCUGAUCGGCCACCAACACCCUACUCACCGGCUUCUACCACCAACGAGUUCCCCCGAGUGUCACUAUCCUCUCGCGCAUCACACAUCCACUAUCCUUCCGUGUCAGAGGCAUCGGCCUUCAGGUUCGAAUUUGAUUCUGAACAUAGCGUCAAUAGACAAGAACCUGGUCGCUGGGUAUGA